CCUGUACUGUCAGUGGGCUAACAACCUCAUCGCUAUGCUGGGUACUCGCUUCACGUCAACUCCUUACAUUCUGAAGUUAACCUGUUAACAAAUCAGAUGUGAAGCUCGUAGCAAACAAUGGAACCUGUCUGAAUUCUUCUUUGACAUCUUGAACAGAAUCAGUAUUAAAGCUCUCAAAUUCCAAACAUAAGGGUGAUCAAUUGUUGGUUGAACUGGUAAUUUGUGCAUGGAGAAGUAACUUCCCUUUCAAAGGUUCAAAACAUUUCUGAGGACUGUUAUGUAAUGCUUCAUUGUGUUAGAUACAUGUCGCGAGAGUAAGGUAACGAUAGAUAUGAUACGCAAUACGAUACAUGUCGCGAGAGUAAGGUCGCAAUAGAUAUGAUACACUAUACAAUACAUGUUGUGAGAGUAAGGUCGCAAUAGAUAUGAUACACUAUACAAUACAUGUUGUGAGAGUAAGGUCGCAAUAGAUAUGAUACACUAUACAAUACAUGUUGUGAGAGUUAAGGUCACGAAAGAUAUGAUACACUAUACAAUACAUGUUGUGAGAGUAAGGUCGCAAUAGAUAUGAUACACUAUACAAUACAUGUUGUGAGAGUAAGGUCGCAAUAGAUAUGAUACACUAUACAAUACAUGUUGUGAGAGUUAAGGUCACGAAAGAUAUGAUACACUAUACAAUACAUGUUGUGAGAGUUAAGGUCACGAAAGAUAUGAUACACUAUACAAUACAUGUUGUGAGAGUUAAGGUCACGAAAGAUAUGAUACACUAUACAAUACAUGUUGUGAGAGUUAAGGUCACGAAAGAUAUGAUACACUAUACAAUACAUGUUGUGAGAGUUAAGGUCACGAAAGAUAUGAUACACUAUACAAUACAUGUUGUGAGAGUUAAGGUCACGAAAGAUAUGAUACACUAUACAAUACAUGUUGUGAGAGUUAAGGUCACGAAAGAUAUGAUACACUAUACAAUACAUGUGAGAGUUAAGGUCACGAAAGAUAUGAUACACUAUACAAUACAUGUGAGAGUUAAGGUCACGAAAGAUAUGAUACACUAUACAAUACAUGUUGUGAGAGUUAAGGUCACGAAAGAUAUGAUACACUAUACAAUACAUGUUGUGAGAGUUAAGGUCACGAAAGAUAUGAUACACUAUACAAUACAUGUGAGAGUUAAGGUCACGAAAGAUAUGAUACACUAUACAAUACAUGUGAGAGUUAAGGUCACGAAAGAUAUGAUACACUAUACAAUACAUGUUGUGAGAGUUAAGGUCACGAAAGAUAUGAUACACUAUACAAUACAUGUUGUGAGAGUUAAGGUCACGAAAGAUAUGAUACACUAUACAAUACAUGUGAGAGUUAAGGUCACGAAAGAUAUGAUACACUAUACAAUACAUGUGAGAGUUAAGGUCACGAAAGAUAUGAUACACUAUACAAUACAUGUUGUGAGAGUUAAGGUCACGAAAGAUAUGAUACACUAUACAAUACAUGUUGUGAGAGUUAAGGUCACGAAAGAUAUGAUACACUAUACAAUACAUGUUGUGAGAGUUAAGGUCACGAAAGAUAUGAUACACUAUACAAUACAUGUUGUGAGAGUUAAGGUCACGAAAGAUAUGAUACACUAUACAAUACAUGUUGUGAGAGUUAAGGUCACGAAAGAUAUGAUACACUAUACAAUACAUGUUGUGAGAGUUAAGGUCACGAAAGAUAUGAUACACUAUACAAUACAUGUUGUGAGAGUUAAGGUCACGAAAGAUAUGAUACACUAUACAAUACAUGUUGUGAGAGUUAAGGUCACGAAAGAUAUGAUACACUAUACAAUACAUGUUGUGAGAGUUAAGGUCACGAAAGAUAUGAUACACUAUACAAUACAUGUUGUGAGAGUUAAGGUCACGAAAGAUAUGAUACACUAUACAAUACAUGUUGUGAGAGUAAGGUCGCAAUAGAUAUGAUACACUAUACAAUACAUGUUGUGAGAGUUAAGGUCACGAAAGAUAUGAUACACUAUACAAUACAUGUGAGAGUUAAGGUCACGAAAGAUAUGAUACACUAUACAAUACAUGUGAGAGUUAAGGUCACGAAAGAUAUGAUACACUAUACAAUACAUGUUGUGAGAGUUAAGGUCACGAAAGAUAUGAUACACUAUACAAUACAUGUUGUGAGAGUUAAGGUCACGAAAGAUAUGAUACACUAUACAAUACAUGUUGUGAGAGUUAAGGUCACGAAAGAUAUGAUACACUAUACAAUACAUGUUGUGAGAGUUAAGGUCACGAAAGAUAUGAUACACUAUACAAUACAUGUUGUGAGAGUUAAGGUCACGAAAGAUAUGAUACACUAUACAAUACAUGUUGUGAGAGUUAAGGUCACGAAAGAUAUGAUACACUAUACAAUACAUGUUGUGAGAGUUAAGGUCACGAAAGAUAUGAUACACUAUACAAUACAUGUUGUGAGAGUUAAGGUCACGAAAGAUAUGAUACACUAUACAAUACAUGUUGUGAGAGUUAAGGUCACGAAAGAUAUGAUACACUAUACAAUACAUGUUGUGAGAGUUAAGGUCACGAAAGAUAUGAUACACUAUACAAUACAUGUUGUGAGAGUUAAGGUCACGAAAGAUAUGAUACACUAUACAAUACAUGUUGUGAGAGUAAGGUCACGAAAGAUAUGAUACACUAUACAAUACAUGUUGUGAGAGUAAGGUCACGAAAGAUAUGAUACACUAUACAAUACAUGUUGUAAGAGUAAGGUCACGAAAGAUAUGAUACACUAUACAAUACAUGUUGUGAGAGUUAAGGUCACG